AUGAAGAACAAGUACCCGAUCCCGUUGACUGUCGACUUGUUUAAUCAACUUGGUGGUGUGAGGUGUUUCACCAAGUUGGAUUUGCAGUCCGAAUAUUACCAAUUCAGGAUAGCCGAAUGUGAUGAUCCGAAUACUGCUUGUGUGACGCGCUACGUUUACCUUGAUGACAUUGUGGUAUAUAGUAAGACCUUUGAGGAACAUGUUGAGCACUUGAAAAGGGUGUUCCAAAUCUUACGGGAGAACGAGCUCUAUGUCAAAGAGGAAAAGUGCUCGUUUUCGCAGAAGGAGGUGUCGUUCAUUGGCCAUAUCAUUGGAGGAGGCAAGCUCCAGGUGGAUUGGAACAAGAUUCGGGCGAUUGAUAAGUGGAAGCCACCCACCAAGGCGACUGAGUUGAGAGCAUUAUUGGAAUUAGCCAACUACUACCGACGGUUUGUGAAAGGCUAUUCCAAGAUUGCCACACCUUUGACUGAGUUGCUCAAGAAGGAAAAGUUGUGA